AUGUGUCGAGCUUUUGCAACUACCCUUAAGGGUACUGCUAGAGAUUGGUACCGAACACUGCGACCCGGAUCCAUUGGUUCCUUCUCAGACAUGGAACAACUCUUCACCGGUCACUUCCUUAGCAGCAGGAGAAUUGCUAAAACAACCGACCAUCUCAUGAGUAUGGCGCAAGGAGAGCAGGAGACUCUAAAAGAUUUUAUGCAUCGCUUCAACACGGUAACCCUAGAAAUCCGCAACUUAGACAUGGGGGUGGCCUUAGCAGCCCUGACAACGGCUCUCCAGCCUGGAAGCUUCUUAUACUCGCUGGGGAAAAAGUCACCGGUAGAUAUGGGGGAGCUGAUGGUCCGAGUGCAGAAAUACAUCAAUCUGGAGGAGAUGAUGGAUACGAGAGGAAGUCGCAUAGAGCGGAAAAGGAAAAACAGUAGCAGGGAAACAAGAGAUUCCUAUAGAUCUGCAAAAAGACACGAGACUAGUGCGCUGCACGUGGGUCAAAAGAUGAGAGGACAGCACAAUAAGUUCUCCACCUACACACCCCUGAACAUACCGCGCUCGGAAUUACUGAUGCAAAUCAGAAAGAAAGAUUACAUCUUGUGGCCUGAUCCCAUGCGAAUGCCUCUUCAUAAGUGGGACAUGUCCAAGUUCUGCGCAUUCCACGGGGAUCACGGCCACGACACAAAAGAAUGCAUUCAAUUAAAGAAAGAAAUCGAAGUCCUAAUAAGAAGAGAACACCUGUCAAAGUUUGUAAAGAGAGAAGAUCCCUCGCGGGAACCUCUCGAGUAG